AUGAGUGGGUUUGUGCGAAGAAUUUGGGGAAAAUAUGGAAUAGAUAGGAUUUCUGCUAUGAAUAAUGGGGUUUUCCUUGUUCGAUUCAAGACAAUGGUAGGAAGGGAAAAGGUGAUGAACUCUGGACCUAUUAUGUUUGAUGGUAGACCUGUAAUGAUGAAGAGGUGGGAGCCAGGUUUGGAUUUAGGAAAUGAGAAGGUGUUUGAAGUUCCCACUUGGGUUAGAUUGCUAGGAUUGAAUUUAAAAUUCUGGGGUCAAUCCUCUCUAAUGAAGAUAGCUGGUUUAAUUAGAGAUCCAGUUAAGACUGAUAGAUGCACAGCUACCGAGGAAAUGCUUGAGUAUGCUAGGAUAACGGUCAAGGUGAAAAUAAAUGGUGAGCUACUAGAUGAGAUUGAGUUCCAGGAUGAAUGUGGUGUUGAUGUUAAGCAAAAAGUGAUAUAUGAAAGGAAGCCUAUCAUUUGUAAUAUCUAUAGAGGUAUGGGGCAUGGAUAUAGUGAAUGUCCUAAUCAUAGAAUCAAGAAUCAGAAUCCACCAGUUAGGAAUCAGCAACAAAGGCAGCAGAAGAAGCCUGAGGUGUGGAAGGUUUGGAUGCCAAAGGCUCAGCAAAAGACUGGUGGUGAUAAAUGUGAUAUGGGCUCACUGUGCAGAACAACAAAUGGGAGAGUGUUGUUUGGUGACUGGGACAGGGGAGUGGGCCUUAACAAACUGAAUAAAAUUUGUGAUGUUCUUUGGUUUAUGAAAAAUCAAGGAAUUGGUUUGUUAGGGCUCCUAGAGACUAAAGUGAAGGCUGGUAAUUUUGGUAAGGUCUUCACUGGUUUUUGUGGCAAGUGGUCUGUGACUGCAAACUAUAGUAAGCAUCAUGGAGGGAGAAUUUGGAUUGUGUGGCUACCUGAUGUCUUUCAGGUAAAGAUUGAUAGAGUAGAAGCUCAAUUAAUCCAUGUGAAUGUCGUUCACAAGGCUUCUAAGUUUGUGUUCUGGUAUACUGUUGUCUAUGGGUUGAACACUACAGAUGAGAGGGAGGUGUUGUGGCAUCAGAUUGGGGAGAUAAAAAACGACACUCAUGGUCCAUGGAUCUUGGGAGGUGAUUUCAAUAAUGUCCUAAAUACUGAGGACAAAAUUGGAUCCCCAGUUACCUUUGCUGAGAUUGAAAAUUUCAGACAAUGUGUUAGGCAAAACUUGUUAAUUGAUUUUAAAGCUGGGGGGUUAUUCUACACUUGGAAUAAUAAGCAACAAGGGAGUGAUAGAGUGUGCAAAAAGAUUGAUAGGAUUUUAGUUAAUGAGCUAUGGACUGAAAACUGCAGGGAGUUUAGAGCUGAUUUUUUGCCUGAGGGGCUAAUGGACCAUUGUCCUUGUAUUAUAAGAUUAUUUGGGUGUAAUUGGAAUUUUCAGAAACCUUUUAGGAUUUUUAAUAUAUGGAUUGAUGCUCCAGGCUACCAGGAAGCUGUAAAACAGGCUAGGAACAGUGAUGUGAAAGGAACUGAUAUGUUUAUUGUGGUGAAAAUGCUGCAAAAGGUGAAAGAAGCUCUCAAGUUCUUAAAUCUGACUAAUUUCUCCUCAGUGGAGAGUGCAAAUAUCAUUGCUGAUGCUGAGUUAGAAAAUGUGCAGUGUCAGCUGAAUAAUGACCCUCGGAAUUUGGAGUUGAUUCAAAUGGAAAGUGAUGCUAGGGAAAGGUUUUUAGCUGUUCAUACUGCAAAAUUGAAAAUUUUGAAGCAGAAAGCCAAGUUGCAUUGGAUGAAAGAAGCUGCAGGUCCUAUUUUGGAUGAUGUGCAACAUCUGAGUCUAUGUAGAGGGUUUACUGAAGAGGAUGUGAGAAGUGUUGUUUGGAGUAUUGAGGAUGACAAGGCACCUGGUCCUGAUGGUUUCUCGAGCAAGUUUUUCAAGAAUGCUUGGGGAGUUGUGAAAAAUGAGGUGUGUAAGGCAGUUUUGGGGUUCUUUGAGCAUGGUCAGCUGCUGAAACAGGUGAAUGCAACUACUUUGACUCUAGUUCCUAAAUUAGAUAAUGCUACUAGAGUUACUCAGUUUAGGCCAAUAACAUGCUGUAAUGUGUUGUACAAGAUCAUUUCUAAGAUGCUGUGUGAAAGGUUCAAAGAGGAUAUGUUAAAAGAGUACAAUAAUAAGAGAAAAUCUCCUAGAUGUACUAUCAAGGUGGAUUUGAGGAAAGCUUAUGAUUCUGUGCACUGGUCUUUUAUUCAUGAUAUGUUGCAGACUUUGAAUUUCCCAAGUAGAUUCAUUUCUUGGGUCAUGGAGUGUGUUACUUCCCCUUCUUUUUCUAUUAUGAUUAAUGGUGGUCUAAAUGGCUUUUUUAAGGGCAAGAAAGGGAUCAGGCAAGGUGAUCCUAUGUCACCAUUGGUGUUUGUCAUUGUGAUGGAGUAUCUAUCAAGAUUGCUAAAAAAAGUGGUUGCAAAGAGAGGCUUUAGAUUUCAUCGGAGAUGCAAGUCUUUGACGUUAAAUCACUUAAUAUUUGUUGAUGAUUUGAUGUUGUUCUCCUAUGCUGAUAAGAAAUCUAUCUCCCUUUUAGUGAGGGCUCUUAAAGCUUUUGAGGGUUGCUCUAGUUUACAGGCUAAUGCUGAUAAGUCUGCUAUCUAUUUUGGGAGUGUGCAACCUGAAGUGCAGCAAGGAAUUGUGACUGAGUCUGGAUUUAUAAUAGGAGAAACUCCUUUCAAAUAUCUUGGCAUCCCUUUGAAUGCUAAGUAUUUGAGAGUCUCAGACUUUGAUGCUAUUGUAGAUAAGAUGUUGGCUAGAAUAACUUGCUGGUCCAGCAGAAAGUUGUCUUAUACUGCAAGAGUAUUGCUGGUGAACCCUGUACUGAUUACUUUGCACACUUACUGGGUUCAGUGUGUGUUGUUACCUAAAUUAGUUAUUUUGAGGAUUACUCAGCUUUGCAAAGCUUUCCUUUGGUGUGGAGAUGUUGUUUUGUCUAAGGCACCCCCAAUUGCUUGUGAUUGGGUUUGCAUGAGCAAAGCUGAGGGUGGUUUAGGAGUUAGAGAUUGUGGGAUGUGGAACAGGGCAGCAUUGGGGAAGUAUGUGUGGAAAAUAGCUAAAAAAGAGGAUUCUCUAUGGGUGAAAUGGGUUCGUGUUGUGUACAUUAAAGGACAAGACUGGUGGACUUAUAGUCCUAAGAGAUCUGCAGGAUGGGCUUGGAGGAGAUUGUGUGCAGUGAAGGACCAGUUAAAAGAAGGUUUUGAGCAAAACAACUGGUUGAGUGGUACUUAUAGAAUCUCUCAGUGCUAUAAGUGGUUGCAGGGAGCUGGCACAAAGGUGGAUUGGUGUAAAUGGGUAUUGAAUAAGUUCAAUAUUCCCAAGCACUCGUUUAUUCUAUGGCUUGCUAUGCAUGAUAGACACAGAACAAGGGAGAAGCUCUGGAAAUAUAAUGCCUGUGCUGAAGAUAGUUGUUUGCUGUGUGGUGCUGAAAUUGAGGAUAGACAGCAUAUGUUCUUUAAUUGCAAAUACAGUCAAGAGUGUGUGCCGAGAAUUUCUCAUUGGCUCCAUAUUCGAAUUCAGAAUUUCUACAUUGAUGAGGUUUGGAAGAAUUGGCUCAAAGAAGUAAAAGAUAAGGUGCAGCAUAAGGUUGUUCUGGCAGUUCUGGCAGUUGUUGUCUACCAUAUUUGGUUUGCUAGGAACACUGCUUUCUGGGAGAAAGUUGUUAUUCACCCUUCAAAACUUUCUAACGCUAUUGGUAGGCCCUUUUCAGUUGUAGUCUGUGUCCUUCCUAGAAGGCAGCAGACUGCUUCUAUUUAG